AUGUCUAAACAGAACACCUGUGCAGUGCCAGAGGCCCUUGCAAACGACAAUAGGUUUGAAUAUCCAACAGAGUUGCUGUACACCCACCAAGUGCGGUGGAUAGAAGCAGCGGCUGCCUCGCCUGUCUGGACUUCCGUUAUCAAUUACUACCUCGAGGCCGACCGAGGCAACUUGAUCGAAGAACACUUACAUCGGCCCGAACACAGGACAGCAAUCCGAGGCAAUGUGUCUUCCUUUAGCAUUCCAUGGGAAGAGGUACUUGCUGCACUGGCCCCCGAGACUCGGCAGAACGCCUCUUGGGAAAAGUUGCCUCACCCGCCACAUGUCCUCCAAGCUAUUGUAAAAGUUAAUGUGAAGGGUAUUUUAUACAAUGAGGCCAUCGAGUGGGUAGCAGGGGCACGCAUCCGACCAUGGGUCGUCAGUGCACUCUUGCAUCACCUCAUCGACAUGCAACAUCCAAUGUGUACCUCGCAUUUGUCGGCAGAGGAGGCAAAAACAGCAGUGACGCAGCGUGUGACUUUGAUCUAUGGGGUGGAAGAAACAAGGCCCAUAGUCGACUGGCAGCAACCUCCUUCACCUACUGUGCCAUCAAAAGGCGCAUACCCCUGCACGCGACGCCAGAGCAGCGCUCAGGCAGCAGCGAAUGUGAAUUCAGAACCAACCAUUUCAAAUAACGAGACUGACUCUCCAACGAUGAGCGGCCAGAGCUCGUCUCAGCCAGCGUCUGAGGUGCAACAUUUCAAGCCUUCUCGUGUGAAAACUGCAUCCCCAAAGAUCGUGUCCCAGCUGCAAUCCGAAGAGACAGCCUAUGUGUACAGCAAAACGUUUCCACAGCAUACAAGCCACAGCGAUGACAACGCAACCAUGCACGAUAUGCCAACCCACCGAACGCGCCAGAUGGUAGCAGAGCGAAAAGAUCAAGGCAGCCCUCAGGAGCAACAAGUUACAGUGUCAACACCUAGCCACAGCAAGUUACCAUUAGUGCAUGCAAAGCAUGAGCGGGAUGCCUCGCCGGACGACAACCCAUCGCGGCAGGUGAGAAGCCAGAGCAGCGCUCAGGCAACCACAGCAGACAAGAGCGAUGAAAAGGCCACAGCAACUCGUCCGAGCCAUGCUAGGAAUUUCUUUGGUGCCAGUGGAGACGUAAGCCAGCCGCUGCCGCAGAAGCAUGCAACGCCCGAGUCAGUCCCAGACACAGCUUUGGAUGGCGAGUCCUUCGUAGGCAGUGUGAGACCCAAUGUAUUGUCACAAGAUUAUACGGGUGCAGAGUGGAAAGACCCCGACGUCGACAUGUUGUUGCAAUUAGGCAAUGCGACUGACACACUCACCAUUCAAACCGGGCACAACUUCUGGGACCAGUGGCAAAAUGAUUUUCUUCCAUGGGCUUUUCCCUUCAGCAUCCCCGCACCCGUCAGUGGUCCGGACUUCCCCCAUAAAGAGCGACCACGAAGGCCCGCCGAUGCGCCGCAGUUGCCGCCCUUGGCACACUUGAAACUCCUAGCCGGCCGCAUUGAGAGUUCAAUUCGCAACUCAUGGGACCUGAUUCCCGGGCUGAGACGAUUGACUUUCAAAUGGCAUUCCGUGUGGCAAGGCUCGCUUUGGCGGAAAUGGAAGUCACAGCGGCAAGCCAUUGCACCGGUGCCAACGCUCAAGUGGGUGCAAGCGGCGCGCGGCCUCUACAACAAACUCAGAUCCGGCACGUACACCACAGCAAGUGGAAAGCCGAAACCCAUCCAGUUCGAUACACGGAAAUUGCCCUACGCCCGAGGCCUCACAACAGAUGAAAAAGAGUUGCUCCAGGACGUGAAAGGCAUGCAAGGCCAUAUGCCUGGAACAAUUGAAGUCCGACGUCGCAUUGGACGUUUCCUCUUCGGGGCCAGGGUUGAGAUGGGAGAACCUCUCUUCAUCACCAUAUCUCCAACAACCCGUCAUAACACCCUCUGCAUCAAAUUCAGCCGCUAUCGUGCCGCCGAUCCGGGCGGAGCUGAAGAAGGAGCACGCAAUCGCCCCCAGCUAUGGGACACCGCAGAGGCGACCAUCGAAGUGCCACCUUACGACACCCGCAGACAGCUCGCUGCGAGGGAUCCUUGGGCCGUCGUGCUUAGUUUCCAAACAGUGGUGCGAUGCAUCUUCGCCAAAUUGCUCGGCAUUCGUAUGUGCUUCCGUUGCCCUGCUUGCGAUUGCCGCGAUGCACGCGGACACGGGUGUCACGUGACGGGGGGCAUCCUUGGCCUUGUCACCGGCCUAUGCGGGGCAAUCGAAUAUCAAGCUAAUUCGACACCGCAUUUCCACUGCAACGUGUACAUCGCUUCCAUUUGGCAACAUUCUUUAAGUGAAUUUGCAGCUAAGCUGAAUGACAGCACCAUCACAUUCGAGGACGUGCGCCAAUUCUUGACAUGGGCACACGCCGAAUCCCACCCCGACCCAGCAAGCCAUACGCAAAAACAAGACCACCUCGAAGCAGACUGGGCCCAGAACAACUGCAAAGCAAGCCACGAUUUCUUAUGUCAAUGGCCAGAAUUCCUGACCGAAGACAAAGCGGCCAGCCCCUGGGUGAAAGCAGUGGAACCGAAGCAGGCAUUAGCCGACGCAAGUCGUUUCAUCCACCAAUAUCGUCUCGCAGCCCAGAACAAGAUCAGCCACCAGCAAAUCCACUGGCAUCCGUGGAACAUCGUGCAAAAAUGUCGGUUGCCUAUUGCCGCUUGCCGAAAGAAGGGGGCGCCAAACAAGUGUAAGCACAGUUUCCCAAAAGUGCAGAACGAUAAAGUUCGAGUGAUAUGUCGAGGGAACGCACGAAAAUUUGCCCAGAGCACUGCCGGGCGGCGAAAUGCAUUAGGCAAAAAGGAAUUACAACAAGCAGCCAAGCAAUUGCAUUUCCUCGAAGAAGCAGCUGCAAAAGAUGACGCUGCAGCACACUACCGCAAAGUUGUGCACCGAGUCUUUGGGGACCUCGAAUUUCGUUGCUCUGUGCGCCCGGUGACCGAGGAAUUCAUGCUCGCAGGCUUUGGCAACAUGGCGGACCCCACCGCGGCCGAAUGCAUCCGCACUUUCCCCGUAGUCCCGUUUAUAGGCAUGGACUGGCUCAGUAUCUUAGACUCCGUAACAGAAGUGCGGCACAAAAUAGAACCCCCAAGCCCCUAUAAAACCACCAUUAAGACAUCGGAAAUUUAUGGCUGGCGAGGGACCGACGAGCGAGUGUUUCACUUGUGUCCGUGGGAGUUUAUGAAAUGGUGGACCCUAAAAAAAUUGCAGCCGCCCACCAAAAAUGCAACUGAAGACGGACAAGGGCUCAGUGUUUGGGUGAGUAAGCAAGGCACAGACCGAAAACCUGUGGAUGGCUGGCAAUAUGGCCGUGAUUACAUUUGGAAACAUCCCUUGCCAAAUAGCCGAGCCGCCAACCUGGUCCGGCUACCGCAGUGCCAUGGAUGCAGUCGAGUGCAGGAAUAUUAUCUGGAAAGACGGACCGAACCACUGAUUCCAUAUCCGACGACCUGUCCGUUGCCGAAGCCCGACAUGUCAAAGGAUGCACAGGCGAGGCUCCUCAAUGUCUAUCUGAGGCCCUGGACACUUGAUCUGAAAAGUGCUACCCCGCAUGUCCCGCAUAUCAGUGUGGGCUUCGAAUAUUCGAAACGGUCAGGUCCAGCGGUACGCCGCAUAGUUGAGGAAUGGGAAGCUACUCCGCAGGUUGAUGCAAUAAACUCUUGGUUCGUAAACAGUGGAAUACCUGACACAAAGCUUGAUCAUAGUCAAAGGAAGCGGCAGCAACCGACGCCGUUGCCAGAGACUGAACCCUUGAGCUGGACCUACGGCAGGUUGACGCCAGAGUCUGCCACAGCAUGGCUGCAGCGUCUCGCAGAGCAGGGCUCGGUGGCAGUCGAUUCAGCCGCAGGCAGUGCAGAGCAGCGCUCAGCCAGUGCAGAACCGCGCGCAGCAAAUGCGGAGACGCGGUCAGCAUGUAAACCCACAGUCGAACAACUGAAAUUCCUGCGUGCUGUCGUCGACCGCUGCCUCACAGAGGCUCAAGAAGAACAGGCCGAAAGUUCCCGCAGCGAGCCUUUGCGUGCAGUCUUCCACGGGGUUCCAGGUGCAGGCAAAACCCAAACCCUCAAGUGGUUGCGUGCUUUUUUCGAAGAUUUGUGUGGGUGGCAGCAUCAACAAGAGUUUGUAUACUUGGCACCGCAGAACACCCAGGCUGCACUGAUUGCUGGCAUGACGCUACACUCGUUUGCCAAUAUCCAGGUGAAAACCAAAACGGCCCGAGCAAAAAACACCAGCACACCGGAACAGUUCGCUAAGUACCAACGCCUACGGUGGCUGGUGGUGGAUGAAUCUUCGACGGUCGGGCUCGAAAUAUUGGCCACUCUGGAGAAACGCCUGCAGCAGUCUACCAGAGAUCGGGAUACGUGGAAACUUCGGCCAGGGGGAGAACGGAGGCCAUUCGGAGGGCGCAACCUCAUCUUGACCGGGGAUUUAUGGCAGUUCCCGCCAGUCAAAGCCACAGCCAUCUACCAGAACCCUUUCCAGUCAAACGCAAGCUUCCAAGUCAACGCACUGCAGCAAAUAUGUUGGUCGCACACCUCGCUCGCCAUCCCACACCUGUUUGAACUCACCCUCGAACAGCGGUGCGAGGACGCCUGGCUCAGCCAAAUUCUUCACCAGGCGAGGCAUGGAAACAUGUCGCAGGAAGUGUGGUCUUUCUUACACGGGUUUCCAACACUCCAUGCCGGCUCGUGGUCCUUCCAAACCAAUCAAGCCACCUGCGGCGAAAAAACUUGCAACAACCUACAUCUGCAAGCCACCGCCCCCGACCAGUUGGAAUGUGUCAUUUGCCACCAAGAAAGGGCACGGCGAUGCAUCGUAGGCAAAGACCCAAAGGCCGAGCACUUCCUCAACCAUCCUUUCGUGCAUGGGCUGAAUGCCGCCAAGUACAUUGCAGCCAACCUGCGUGCCAAAUGGGUCGCAAGCACUCGCAAGCACAAGUUGCUUUGGAAAAUUGCUCAAGAAACCCCGCUUUUUCAUGUGGAGGCGACGGAAUUACAGGCCCGGCGCGAAAAUUGGUUGCAGCGCCAUGACCAGUCCACCGGCGGAGUCGUCGGAAUCUUACCCCUUCUCCACAACAUGCCAAUCCGAGUCAUGCAAACCCUGUCUGAUCUGAAAGCGUUCGGGCUCUUCAAAAACACCCGGGGCAUCCUUUGGAAUUGGACACUGCACGAUGUCGACAAAGACGCCGUCGAAACCGCAGAAGGCCGAGACAUCGUGCUACAACGUCUUCCACUGGCAUUGUAUGUCAGAGUGGCCGGGGCAAACUGGCAACAACACCCAGACCUGCCGGUUGGCGUCGUUCGGAUUGAACCCGUCACCCAGACGUGGACGCUGGAAACGAACGGCAAAGCUACAGUCUCUCGACGUGGCUUUCCAAUAGCCUCCGAUUACGCUGGCACGGCGCAUUCGUUUAUGGGGGCAACCCUCGGUGCAUGCACAUUGGACCUUGGCACAUGGGAUGCCACGACCUCCCGCGAGGCAAAAAUUCGAUUCGAGAAAGACAAGCCAAACAAGGAAAGGAAUCGUGACAUUAUGCUGUUUUGCCGCGGUUGUAGCGCACAACCGCACCUAGAGGAAAAACUUUUGCCACUUCGAGAAUUUGUUUCGGCCUGGGACCAAGAGGAAUGGUUCCGAGUCUUGUCAGAAGGCAUGUGUCGCUUAUGCACCCAGUGUAAAACGAAGCAGAGCAGCCCUGCAGCCAAGGGGAAGCCCAAGGCAGUGAAUGCCUGCGCAUAUUGCCAGACCUUGCCAGCCGACCA